GUGACCGAGGGGCGGCCGGGACGCGGGGAGGGCGCUGGCCGGGCUCGGGGCGCGCGGCCUUGCGCCGGCGCCGCUGUCCGAGGCUCUGAGCCGUGCCCGGGAAAGUGUCGGACCCGUGGGGUGAACCCGCGGGACGGGCAGUGGUCGGAGGGGUCCGUGGGUGGUAGAUCCUAGUAGCCCCCCCGUCACCUGCCCCGCUCAGUUCCGCGCGGCAGCCUGGACGCCCGGCCGCGCGUGCCGGUGGCGCUCCUUGCGGGCCGGCGCUCCCAUAUGGCGGGCGCUCGGCCGGGCCUGGCGGAGGAGCGCGCGGAGGACGCGCUGGCCCGCCCGGGUGGGGGGCGGCGGGCCGAGGUGGAAGGGUUACUGUCGGUCACCGCGGCGGGGGCAGGGGAGGGGGAGGGGGCGCGAGCCCAGGGCGUGGUGCUCGGUGGGCAGCGCUCCAGGGCUCAGCCGAGGGUCCGAACCCGCCCCCUGCGUUCCCCACUCCUUCGGGCACCCACGCGGGGCUGCCGUGCGCUCCUCGCGGGACCCUCCGGGAGCUCCGUGGGCCGCCGGCGCCACGCCCCACCCCGCACACGCAGUCCCAGGACGGAAACGCUCGCCCCGCAACCGCUCGCGGGUCCUGCAUUCCGGGCCCCCACGCGCCGAGUCCCCGAGGUCCCAGACGUUCCCCACCGUGGAGUUACCCAUGGAAGCCCCGCUCCUGCAGGGCAGAGGGGAUUUUCCCCCCACGGCCUCAGAGGUGACAAAAUUCCCCCGGCUUGUCUGCGCCCCCCAAAUCUUCCUCCCGCGGACCCGGAGCCCGCAGGGAGCCCCUACGGCCCUACAGGUGCGAAGACGCCGCAACUCUGCUACUUUGGGGCCGGCGGGCCAUGCAGGAGCAGAGACUCUUAUUUUGAAGGGCGGCCCCUGCCGCCACCCCCGUGAUUUGCGCGCUGACCCAAUGGCAAGCCCUUGGCCGGCGCUCCGCUUGUUAUCAAUUACAUGUUGUUCCUGCAGCCGCUGUGUCCCCGGGAGGAUAAACAGCAGGCCUGGCCGGGCCGGGGGAGGGGGCGGAGUCCAGCGGCCGGCCGGGGACGGUGCCCGGAACAGCGCGUCCCCUCCCCCUGCGCGCAGCCUGCGCCUCUGGCCGCGCCACGUGCUCCUGUUUUUUAGGGGCCGGAGCGGCUCCAGUCCCCGCGCGCCCUCUCUCCCCGGGCGGGCGCUCCCGUCCUGGGCUCUCCGUACCUCGGUGUCCCGCCGCAGGGACGCCCACCCCGCAGGAAGACCCCGUGCCUGCCCCGGCUCGCUCAGCACCUUUCCCUCUCGCUCAUUCAGCACAUGCUGCCAGGCCCAGUUUUAGACUCUGGAAUGCGGCCCGGGACUGGACGGCCCGUACACUUGUAUUCUGGUGAGGGGUGAACGGGACGGCGAGUUCACAGCUGUGCAGCAACGCGGUUUCUCACAGCGGAGCCUGCGAGCAGGAGCAUCCUAUGGGGUGCUGAUGGAAAGACCGUCGGCCGAGCUGCGGUCUGGGAGCUGAGGGCCGCACGGGGGAGGUGUCGGGGCUCAGGGCCCAGGAGCUGGGCACUCAGAGCUGAGCCGCCAUUCAGAGCAGGUGUGGGCUUCCGUGGGGCCACUGGGUCCUUCCCUUGCAGACCCACUGGGGUUUACUUCCUUCUCUCCCUCCCCCACUAUGCUUACUCCCGUUUCUUUUUCUAUCAUUUUAUCCCUGAGUGUAUCUGUGUAUGUCCUUCAAAAAAAAAAAAAAAGUAACUUCAGGAUCAUCGGCACAGUUGGGAUUCAUGGUAACCAUUUAAUGUCGCCUUUUGGACUGUCAAUCACGUUUCAAGGCGGGCUCUGCAGCAGGCCUGCCGCGGGUCCCAGAAGGGUGGGAGUCUGAUUCCUUAGCAAGGCGGCUGAGGGCCAGAAAGACCCCGUGUUCUCUACAUGUUAGGAGCCGUAUGCUAACGGCUGGCACCUGCAGGCACUUGUGGUGUGCCUGACCCGGUCCAAGUCCUUAGCAUGUGUCACUCUGGGGAUGCACCCAGGGCACUGCUGGUGGAACCCUCCUCUCCAGACCAAGUCCCACACACAGAGAGGUUGUGCGACCUGCCUGAGGCCACCCAGCGGAGGGGGAGCACGGUGGGUGGAGUGUUUGCUCGGCCCUUUCCGUGGCCCUUCGCCUUGCCUGACGAUUUCCCGCCCUCCCGGCGUCUCAGCUGUUGAAUGGCGCCUGUCUCAGAACAUGCUCCCAGUUUUAAACCCUUAGCUGAGUCUUUUUUUUCUAAAUGAAAAAGUCCUCCUGGCGAAACUGCCCUCUGGGCCCAGCUCUUGCCUUGGCUCCCUGGAGCUCCCUGCAGCUUCGUGGCUGAGUUGAGGAUGGAGACCAAAGGUCCUGUGGUCCGAUGGGGAAACUGAGGUUAGGGGAGGGGAGCAAGGUCUUAUCCCAGGGCACAAGCUGAUAAGGCUGGCCUGUUGGCUCGUGGGCAGUGCUGGGGGCCUGGCCCUUGGAGUGGUCCUGGGGCUGGCUAGGGGUGGGGGUCGGAGGAGACACCAGGCAACAGGGAACCUGGUUUCAGGUGCAGAAUAUUCAUCCUCAUCACCAACCUGGAUUAACACACAGCCAGCUGUGGCCACUGGGCAGGGACAAAGGUCCAGAGAGGUGGGCCUGCCAUAGCCGUGUUUUGUUGACUCUCCUUGAACACUGGAGGCAGCAUGGCCUUUGGCUUCCCUGUCUCCUCUCUGCCAGUGUCCUUUGAGCCCCUCCUGGACACCAGGUGCCUCGCCGGGCACUAGGGACCCGGCAGAGACAUGGCGCGCACUGUCUAGCCGGGAGACAGGUGUUCGCUGGAGCUUUGCGAAGCGCCGCCACCGGCACGGCCCGGCCAGCAUGGUGGACCACUUGCUUCCAGUGGGGGAGAACUCGGGCGACAGGCUGGCUGGCCGCGGGGCCUACCACAUGCUGCCUUCACCCCUCUCGGAAGACGACAGCGACGCCUCUAGCCCCUGCUCCUGUGCCAGCCCGGACUCGCAGGCCCUGUGCUCCUGCUACAGUGGAGGCCUGGGCACUGAGGGCCAGGACAGCAUCUUGGACUUCCUGCUGUCCCAAGCCACACUGGGCAGCAGCGGCGGCAGUGGCAGCAUCGGGGCCAGCAGUGGCCCUGUGGCCUGGGGGUCGUGGCGCAGGGCACCGGCACCUGGGAAGGGGGAGCACUUCUGCUUCCCCGAGUUUCCCGUGGGUGACCCCGAUGAUGCCGCCAGACCCUUCCAGCCCACCCUGGAAGAGAUCGAAGAGUUUCUGGAGGAGAACAUGGAGCCAGGAGCCAAAGAAGCCGCGGAGAGCAGCAGCAAGGACUUGGAGGCCAGCGGGGAGCUCCCCGCCGGGCCACACCGGAGCCACCUCCAUUCUGGCUCCGGCGGGAGAGAGCGCUGUCCUCCUCCACCAGGUGCUGCGGGUGUGGGCGGCGCCCAGAGCCCAGGCGGGGGGCCGGCAUCCGACGGCCCCAUCCCGGUGCUGCUGCAGAUCCAACCGGUGCCCGUGAAGCAGGAAUCGGGCACAGGGCCGGCCUCCCCGGGCCAGGCCCCGGAGAACGUCAAGGUGGCCCAGCUCCUGGUCAACAUCCAGGGACAGACCUUUGCGCUGGUGCCACAGGUGGUACCCUCUUCCAACCUGAACCUCCCCUCGAAGUUCGUGCGCAUAGCCCCCGUGCCCAUUGCGGCCAAGCCCAUCGGGUCAGGACCUCUGGGGCCCGGCCCUGCAGGCCUCCUUGUGGGUCAGAAGUUCCCCAAGAACCCGGCAGCGGAACUCAUCAAAAUGCACAAAUGUACUUUUCCUGGCUGCAGCAAGAUGUACACCAAAAGCAGUCACCUCAAAGCCCACCUGCGCCGGCACACAGGCGAGAAGCCCUUUGCCUGCACCUGGCCGGGCUGCGGCUGGAGGUUCUCGCGCUCCGACGAGCUGUCGCGGCACCGGCGCUCGCACUCCGGCGUGAAGCCCUACCAGUGUCCCGUGUGCGAAAAGAAGUUCGCGCGGAGCGACCACCUCUCCAAACACAUCAAGGUGCACCGCUUCCCGCGGAGCGGCCGCCCCGUGCGCGCCGUGAACUGAGCGCGCCCCGCGCAGCCUGCCCCGCCCCGGGCCCCAGCCCCGUGGUGGUUUUUUUUUUUUUUUAAAGCAAUAAUUUAUUUCCCUCCGUGAGAGGGCCGUGACAAUGUUACCAGCCCCCCUUCCGAAGCCUGGGAGGUGUGAACCCAGCGCCCCGCCACCUGAUGCCUUUCCCGGGAGGACCGAGAGCCGCACACCCGCGUCCCUGGGGGCUGGGUCUCCAGCGCGCACGCGGGGCUGGAGGCCGGCUCGGUGCCUUUGUGCCUUCCCCUGGUGGCCGCCGCCGGCUGGAGGCAGGGAUUUGGGGGCGGGGGGGGGGGAGAUGGGGGAGAGGCCUGGCCCUUCUCCCACUGGGCCCUCCGCCUGGGCCGGGGCCAGCCCUGUAUUGCUUAGCCAAGAAGAAAUGUGCACUUGUUGAAUGUUCAGUUCCCAGAGGGAGCCGUGCUGGGAAGAAGGAACUGAGCCAGAAGUGCGGGGCUGCACUGGGUGCCAGGGCCGGCGGCAGCGCCCAGAGUGCCUCCGUCAGCAGGAUCGCCGGCGAGGAGGGGCAGGAGAGGGGUCAGAGUGCAUGUGCUUGAGUUAAAUGUGCAGGACAGACGGACGGACAGCCGGCGCUCCGAGCAGCCUGGCUUGUGUCUUCCUUUGGGGUCCCAGACGAAUGCAAACAGCAGCCCUGGGGUCACCGCGGGGAGGAGCGGGGAGCAGGCUGCGUGGGUAUAAAAGUAGCUAGCGCCUUCCACCCCCCCCCCCCCGGGUUAGAAAUGCAUUCCUUAUCUCGUCUAGAAAUUAAUAUCAAAUGAACUAGCUUGCGUUGCCAGGUUUCUGUCACAUCCUAUGAAUGUAUGUAAAUAAACUGUACAUAAGUACAUCUACAUAAACUAUCUUUUAAUAACAUCAACAUUUGUGUACAUUUGAAAUUUUAAGAAUCUAUAAAGCUGGUGUACAUAUGUUACAAUUAUGUAUAUUUUCUUUGGUCCUUCGUAAAAAUAUAUUUACUUUGCCAAUAAAAAGAAAAAAAAAGAA